GAAAGGAGACCUCGGGCGCCAGGGACCUAGCGGGCUCUUUCUUCCAGGCGUCCCGGGCUGCCCUCACUACCAGUCCCCGCCGUCUCAUUUGCCGCCUUCCGACGCGUGACCCCGGCGCGCUCGCGUCCCGGGCCGGUGACAGGCGCGAGGUGCGCCGAGCGGUCCCAUGUGCGCCCUCCCUCUCGCGGCCGCUGCAGUCACCGCGCCCCGAAUCCAGCUCCAGCUCCUCUGCCGAGGCCUCGCCGCCGCCAUGUCUACCGCCAGGCCACUCAAAUCCGUGGACUACGAAGUGUUCGGGAGAGUGCAGGGUGUUUGCUUCAGGAUGUACACCGAAGAUGAGGCAAGGAAAAUAGGGGUGGUUGGCUGGGUGAAGAAUACCAGCAAAGGCACUGUGACAGGCCAAGUGCAAGGCCCCGAAGAUAAAGUCAAUUCCAUGAAGUCCUGGCUGAGCAAUGUUGGAAGUCCUAGUUCUCGCAUCGAUCGCACGACCUUUUCCAAUGAAAAAACCAUCUCUAAACUUGAAUACUCUAAUUUUACUAUUCGAUACUAAUAGGAGAAAAAUUAAAAUUGUAACGCUCAUACUGCACAAAAGACACUAUGUAUUCUUAAGUCUAUAUACUACAAUGAUAGUAGCAGAGUAGGGUAAAAAAAAGGAACUUUCUGUUCUGAAAGCUACAUUAUAUGUUACUAAAAAUGUCUGACACUGAAAUAGUUUUGCUCAAAUAUGUUUUGAACAAGCCAAAACUUAGCGUUCUAAAAUUUAAAAUGUCAUUACAAAAUAUUUAAUAUGAAUAUUUUACUGUAUUUAAACUUGUCUCUUGGAAUCUUUAAUUCUAAUAUUAUGGCAUACAUGUUAUUUGGCUGGACAUAAAAUAAAGUUAACCAUGUAAAAAUUA